GAUACCCAGACGACCACGAGUGAAGUGGGGGGGGGGCGGCCUCUUCCAGGGUCCCAUGCUCCCCAGCCGCCCUCUCCAUGCAGAGGAAGGCGGGGGGAGAGGAGGGUCGGCUUUGCGGAGGCCCAGCAUGAGAGGAGAGAAGCCGGGCGAGGAGGAGGCAGGAUUCGCACCCGGCUCCCCGCGGGCCCGUUCCUGUCUCCGGAAGGGGAGAGAAGCGGGACGGCCUCUCCAGCUGCCUUAUUCCCCGCCCUGCUUGGAGGGGACCUGGGUCCUGCACUAGGAUGAGCGGCUUGGGGCUCCGGGCAGGUUGGAUGAAGGUGGUUCAGGGUCUGAAUUCCACUUUCUAAUUCUUGGCGUUUGUUUUUCUUUCCAUCCCAGGUACAGAAACUCGAAACCAUUUGAAAUCUUUGCAAGCCAACAUUUUCUCUUGGGGAGAGCAGAAUAACUUGCAGGGAUCCGUCCUGCGGCCCCAGAAAUGGUCCUGUGAAGGAAAAGGCAUCUGGAGAUGCACAAGAGUCCUUGGACCCAUUUGGAGUUGCUCUGCAUAACAGGAAGAAUGGAGACACAACCUUUUGCAAAGGAGGGAAGCGGAACAGGCCCUUCAGCUGUUCAGCCUGGGAAGGGUGGGAAGUUCUGUACAAGACCUGAUCAGGAGAUCCUUGAGGAGGAAACCAUCCUCCCUACAGAAGUUCAGCCAUGGAACCUCAUCCAAUACCAGGAGGCUGAGGGUCCCCGAGGACUUUGCAGCCGACUCCACGACUUUUGUAGGCGAUGGCUGAGACCAGAAAAGCACACCAAAGCCCAGAUGCUGGAUCUGGUUGUUCUGGAGCAGUUCCUGGCUCUUCUGCCCCCCGGGAUGGAGGGCUGGGUGCGGGAGUGUGGAGUAGAGACCAGCUCCCAGGCGGUGGCCCUCGCAGAAGGCUUCCUCCUGAGCCAGGCGGAGGAGCAGAAGGAGCACGUCAAGUUGCAGUGCUGCACUGUAGAGAUCAGAGAUCCUGAGGGAAAGAAGAAUCCAUCACAUCGCCCUCAGGAGCUAUUUUUCAGGAGGAUCCCUUGGGAAGAUCAAAGUGAGGACAUCUCAAAAGAGAAACAAAGAAUGAAGUUUUCCGUUUUUUAUGAUGGAGCUCAAACAGCGGUUGAUCCUCCAAAUCAAGGGAGUCUCGUGUCCUUCGAGGAGGUGGCUGUGUAUUUCUCUGAGGAGGAAUGGUCUCAGCUGGAUUCUGAUCAGAAAGCGCUGCAUUCGGAAGUCAUGCUUGAAAACUACAGGAAUGUGGUCUCUCUGG